GCUUUUCCCUCCCCGUUCGGAUCAGCGGCAGCGCCGUCCCCUCUCCUCUCCUUGGCGCCGGCCCUAUCCUUCAGACUGGCUCUUGGGGUUUUUCUGCCGUCAUUCCUUGACUUGACCAACGGAGUGGGCCACCAUAUUUUGAGUCCAACAGUCUAUGCUCAGAAACACAAAACAGAGUGUGAACAUUUAAAGACCCAGAGCCCUGGAGGAUGGACUUUCCUAAGGGUGCGGGAGCAGUAGCUUACAAUGAGAAAGCAGGUAGGAACACUUCACUCUCGGUCUUGUUUCAGAAGGCCUUUGCUCAUAUCUGUCCUCAGUGGAAAAGGGGGACCGCAGAAGGAGACUGUCCCCCCUGCAAAUGUUCAGAGACUGACAUUAUUAGAGAAAACUAUAGUGGGCAAAUACCCAUUAAUCACAAUGACUUCAAAAUUUUAAAAAAUAAUGAGAGUCAACUGUUUGAUGUUCUCCAGAAUAAAUUUGACUGUAUCUCUACCCUGGUCUCUCCAGACUGGGAAGGUAACAGCAAGUCUCUGAAAGUCUUCAGAAAAAUGCUGACUCCUUUGUUAGAGCUGUCUGUCUGGAAGGAUGACCUCACCAGACAUGCUGUUGAUGUUGUGGUGAAUGCAGCCAAUGAAGACCUUAUGCAUGGGGGAGGCCUGGCCCUUGCCCUGGUGAAAGCUGGUGGCCAAGAAAUCCAAGAGGAGAGUAGAAGAAUGGUUUCUAGUUACGGUAAAAUACCACCUGGUGAGAUAGCUAUCACAGGAGCAGGGAGGCUUCCCUGCAAAUUUAUUAUCCACGCUGUUGGGCCUCGGUGGAUGGAGAUACAUAGGGAGAAAUGUAUCAAUCAGCUGCAAAGCGCCAUUUUAAAUAUUUUGAAUUGUGUCACCUCUGCCAGUACAUGCAUUGAGUCAGUGGCAAUUCCAGCCCUGAGCUCUGGGAUUUUCCAGUUUCCUCUGGAUUUGUGUACACAGAUCAUUGUAGAAACUAUCAGGAAUUAUUUCGAAGGGAUACAACUGACCCAGAAUUUAAAAGAAAUUCACCUGGUAAGCAAUGAGGAGCCUACAGUUGCUGCCUUCAAAACUGCUUCAGAAGGCAUACUAAAGGAGAACGAGCUGGGAUCCAGGGUGAGUCAAGGAGCCAUGCUUCCUUUCAGUACGAUGGUUGUGAACAACCUGACUGUCCAGAUUGUCCAAGACUUCAUUGGAUGGCAAGAGACGGAUGCAGUUGUUAAAUUUGAAAAUCCAAGUCUUGGUGCUAGAGUUGGUCCUGUAUCGGAAUCAAUUCUACAACAAGCAGAUGAAAUGGAAGAGAAAAUUAUCAAAAAAACCCUUCAGGAUUCCCAGUUGGUACUGGUCACAAGUACACCUAAAUUGCCCCAUCAAUAUGUAUUUUAUGUGGCGUGGCCUUCAGAAUAUUCUACACAAGAUCUGAGAUUGAAAAACAUAGUGAAGAAGUGUUUGGAAAAAUGCCUUGAGCUAAAUAUAACUUCCAUUUCCUUUCCUGCCCUUGGGGUUGGAAACACUGAUUUGGGGAAGUAUUUAGCAGCAGAGAUUAUGUUUGGUGAAGUUUUAAUGUUUGCCACACAAUAUUUUGGAAAACAACUAACUAUAAAGUUCGUGAUCCUUCCUAAAGAACAAGAGACAUAUAAGGCUUUCAGUACUGUAAUGGAGAAGAGUAAGUCCAAGCAGCAGCCUUUCAACAGUUACAGUGUCCCUCAGGGGACCAGAGAGAACCAAGAGCAUGGGCUAAAAGCUAAAUCUCCAGCCAUCAAUCUGAUGGGAUCUAAAUGGGAAAAGAUACAGGAGGCCCAAGAGUGGAUCCAAAGGAUAUUGACCCACCAGGACCAGCACAUCAUUGAAAAUAAUCACAUCCUCUACCUUGGGAAAAAGGAACAUGACAUUUUGUCUCAGCUUCAGGCAGCCUCAAAGGUCUCUAUCUCAGAGAUUAUUACUCCAAGAAAGGCAACUUUAGAGAUUAAAGGAGCCCAGGCUGACCUCAUUGAGGUGGUUAUGAAGAUUGAAAAAAUGCUGUGUGAAGUUCAAGAGGAAAUGGCAAGAAAAAAGGAGCAAGCUCUUUGGAGCUUGUCAAGACAAUGGACUGAUCAGCUACCAGAACACCAAGAUGAAAUGAAAGAAAACACGUUUCUGAAAUGUCUAAUGCUUUCAACUCCAGAAAUUCAGGAUCAAAAAAGACAGUUUGAAAACUGUGGUUUGCAGGUUAUACAGGUAGAGAAGAUAGACAAUGUGGUUCUCAUGGCUGCCUUCCAAAGAAAGAAGAAGAUGAUGGAAGAGAGAAUUCAUGGGAAACCUGUGAGCCACAGGUUGUUUCAGCAAGUCCCGCAGCAGUUCUGUGAAGUGGUCUGCAGAGUUGGCUUUCAAAGAAUGUACUCGGUGCCCCAAGACCCAAAGUAUGGAGCUGGCAUAUAUUUCACCAAGAACCUCAGAAGCCUAGCAUACCAGAUCAAGAAAACACCUGCCACAGAUAAGCUGAUCUACAUAUUUGAGGCUGAAGUACUCACAGGCGCCUUCUCUGAGGGUCAUCCGUUAGAUAUUGUUCCCCCACCAUUGAGUCCUGUAGACAUAGAUAAACUUGACAGUGUGGUUGACAACAUCUCCAGGCCUGACACUUUUGUUAUUUUUAAUGGUGUGCAGGCCAUGCCCCAGUAUUUGUGGACUUGUUCAUCAAAACCAAUGAUGCUGCCUCUACAGAACUAUUGGAAGAAAUCCUUAAGAGACAGUUCUGUGGAUUAACCUCCAUGUCAUUUUAACAACUGACAUGGCCUUGCUUUGGAGGAACAACUAGUAAUGUCCAUCAAUGACUCAAAGGGUGGUUUGAAUGUGCCAGAUGGGUUGUCUGUAUGCACUGAUUAGGUUAUUGAAAGGACCAGAUAUAUACCACUAGCAUCUUAGUCUUUAUCUCUUUGGGCCGGGAUAGAUAUAUACCAACUAAAAUACUUUCAGGAUCACCCCUGUCCUUCAAGUUGUCCUUUUACCUCCUUUACUAUAGGUAAUAGCAAAAAUGUUUUACAUAACAUGAAGAAAUUUUUCUAGUAUAUAAUCCAAGCCUUUUACUUUCUAAAAUGAUUAUAGUGUAACAUAUUAGGACAGCAGGAUGGUUUUCCAGAGAAUCUUAUACAGUACUUUAGAUAUAAAAAUAAAUCACCUUUGCUUUGAAAAAUUAUGUGUAAAAUGAAAUUAUUUGAAGUGGAAGGACAUCAAAAGGCUGAUAUUCCACUGAUAACCUAUGUGGAUUCAGCCAUAUUGAGCAAUCCACUCAAGUACAGCUAGGCCAAAUUAUUAGUUUACCAAAUAUUUCUUGACCACCAGAUGUGUCUCAGUCACUUUCUAGGAAAUGGGAAUAUGAUGCUGGACAUGACAAAUGUCUUCAUAAAGCUUCCAGCCUGAUUAAUUAGAAAGGCAGCUAUGGACAACUUAACAAGUAGAUUAAGUAUAACAAAUGAGGAAUUGCAGAUUCCUUGGGAAACCGUAAGGGGGAGAAGGAUCAGGGGCUGGAGGCGGGGCGUGAGCAGACCUUCUUAAGAAAGUAAAACUCAGGCAGAGACCUGAAGAAUUUAUAGGAGUUAGGCAACCAAGACGCAACAAAUAGGGAGCAGAGUCUGAAGAGUAUACAGAGAGAAUACCUCUUAUAAAGGUUAAAUCCACUGUGACUGUGCCCAAAUUUGACUUAAGCUCUGUAGCAUAGAGGCCAGCUAAUCUUACUGUGCACCUCUUACCUAUUCUGAAAUCUAUAUUUCUCUAUACUUCCAAACUUUUCUGGCCCUCAUAUCCUCAACCUCUUGCAUGAACACAUUUUUUCACCUCAUCUCACUGUAACAAGCAUUCGUCCUCUUUAAAGAAGCAUGUUUAUUGUCUCAUGUGCUACUGCCCUUGGAAAUGGGUAAGAGGACUCCACUGUGCCUUCUUCCAGCUGUGCCCAUCUCUACAGAGUGAGGAGUCCACAGGAUCAAUGUACACACCUCACUCCUCAACCACCCAGUAGAUGCCUGGAACCCCCCAAACUUCCUGCCUAAACGGCUCUAUGUCUACUUACAGGACCUGAUUGGGCCUCUUUCUUGGGUCUCUCCUCCCAAGAGUGGGUUAUGCCACACUCUGCAUCAAGAAUGGCCUCAGGGUGACUGUUAGCAGGGAUGGGGCUUGGACUUGAGGCUGAGGUAUCCAUGCUUGUGGAUGAGGUCUGUGGCACAGAGCUGAGAGUGACAGGACAGCUUUGAAGGACCUAUCAUAUGUUUAAUAGGGAUUUCCAAAGAGAAUGGAAGAGAAGCAAUAUUCACAAGGAUAAGAACGAAAGAAAAUCCAUAACAAGAAACAGUGAAACUGUAGACCACCAAAGAAGCGAUCUUAACAGUAGCCAGAGAGAACAGCCAAAUCAUCUACAAAGCAAUGACAGUUAGACUGACAGUCUUGUGGUAGGCAGAAAAAUGUCCUCCCUUGUUCAUGGCAAAGAUAGCCACACUUCAGUCUGAAUCUGAAUAUGUCACCUUACAUUGCAAAAGGAAUUUUGCAGGUGUUUUUAAGACUACUCUUCAGAUGGGAAGAUUUGCCAGAUUAUUCAGGUGGGCCCAAUCUAAUCACAUUAGUCUUCAAAAGUAGAAACCUUUCCUAGCUAUGGUUCAGACAAUCAAAAACUGAAUUACCAAAAAUAGACUCUCAUUUAAGAAACUUAAAAUUUAAAGGAUAUACCUCAGGAAGAAGGGGUAAAAAACAAAAAUCUAAGCUGCAAAAAGGCACAAUGAGCAAAGAAAUGGUAAGUAUGGAUGCAUGUUAAACAAUCAUUGUCUUCAUAAAACAGUAGUAAUAAGAAUGUCUAAUUUUGGGAAUAAAAUAAGAUUGAAAUAAAAUAUUGACAAAGGAACCAUGUAAAAAUGGUGGAGUGAUCACUAUAAUUAAUGGGGUUUAAAGUCCUAGUGUUGUGUCCUGACUGGGUAGCUCAGUUGGUUAGAGCGUCAUCCUGAUAUAUGAAGAUUGAGGGUUUGAUACAAGAAGCAAUCAAUGAAACGUGUAAGUAG